CAGGUGUGCCGUGUGCGGAGAAAGGACGGAGAUGCGGCAGGUCUCUGCAGGUGCAGCUGUGGAUAUGAAGCUGCUGUGGUUCUGGGUGCUGUGGCUGCACACUCAUGGCACCUUUGAGAAGUGCAUCUUCGAUGAUGUUCAGCCAUUGGUCAGGGUGGUGGCCCCACCCCUUCAUCUCUCUCCCUCUCCCCCACACAUCAUGGCUGCCUCCUCAGAGACACCUGCUAGAGCCCAAACUGGAGCCACGCCCACCAGCCCAAAAUCAGCUCCACCUGCGGGAAACGUGCUGUCUAAACGCAGUAGCUGUAAAAGGACAUCCAGAAAUUCUGCCCCGCCCACUCAACAGUUUAUGCACUCUGAUUUGCCGGCCUUGCUGCCAAUCAGGAUCAGGACGUGGAUACCCCAGGAGAGCCCGGUCCUCUCUCAGAUGGAGAACGAGAGACUGGAGGCAGCUGUGAAAGAAGCUGUCAGCACCGUGGCUCACCUGCUCUCAGUGAUCAGAGUUUCGGGACCACUGCUGCUUAGCAGGGACAUCAAUAAGUACUGCAGGUUCAUCUGGAGGAAUGCCAGCACAGCCAACUACAACAGGUGCGGCAGAGCCAAUGAGCUGUACAGAGCUGAGACCUGCCUCGACAUCAUCAUCCCGGAUGAUCACCUGAGAGGCUGUGCUGUCUACCCGUCCCCGGACUCGCCAGCCCUGACUGUCCUCCGGCCAGAGGGGGCGGGAAUUCCUGACACUGACUUCGUGCUCUAUCUUCAUACCCAGAGCACUGACAAGUGUGGUGCUGAGCCCAGCGUGCGGGCCUACGCAGCGCACUGUCAGACAGACGCACAGGGCCGCCCGCUGGCCGGAGUGCUGGUCAUGUGCAGAGACCGACUACGUGGAGAGCGAUACAGUCACCAGAGUACAGUGCAGACUGUGAUCCAUGAGCUGUUUCAUACACUGGGUUUUUCCAAGGAGCUCUUCAGCACGUGGAAGGACUGCUCUAACUCCCCCCACAUUGGGGUGGGGUGUUCGCCCCGUGGUCAGGUGACUAACACAGAUGAGGCGGGACAGGUGAGGAUCUACACCCAGUCUGUGAUCAGAGCCCUGCAGACACACCUGCGGUCUUCUGACCCUCAGCUUGGAGGGCCCCUGGAAAACCAGGAUGGGGUGGGCUCUGGGUUCUCCUCUCAUUGGGAGGCUCGGGUUCUGCAGGGCUCCAUCAUGGCGGCGGCGCUGGCUGAUCCAGUGAUGGUGCGGAUCGACCCGGUCACUCUGGCUGCCCUGCAGGACACCGGCUGGUACUCCGUCAACUACAACAACAUGCAGGCGCUGGAGUGGGGAGAGGGGCAGGGGGCGCUGUUUGGCUCAUUGUCCACCUGUCAUGACAACUCUUCCUCCUAUUUCUGCACAGGCAGUGGAUCAGGAUGUCAUUACCUUCACCUCCACAAGGGGGAGUGUCAGGGAGAUGAGUACCUGGAAGGGUGUCGGAUCUAUAAGCCCCUGAUGAAUGCAAGUGAGUGCUGGAAAGAAGAGAAUGAAAAAAUGACAGGGAGAGAGGAGUGGAGUGGGGAGAUCCAUCGCUCUGAUAGCCGCUGCUUCUUCUCUAAUCUGAGCAGAGAGAAUUCGUCCUCCUCUCUCAGCGGCUCAGUAGUGGGUCGGUGUUACAGACACAGGUGCACCGGGCUGAACCAGUACCAAAUCCAGGUGUCUGGUUCUGCCUGGGUGGACUGCCCAUCAGGCACUGCCAUUCAGGUGUCAGGGUACAGAGGGUCAGUCUUCUGUCCUGAUAAGAGAUUAUGUCGCCUUUCAUAUACUGCUCCUUCCAUAAACAGCCAAGACCCCCUCCCAAACGCUCCACCCACCCCUGGCUCUUCUCCCAAUGAGAAUGGUCAGAUUUCGGCAAACCAACAGUUGACCCCUUUUCCUGGUCUGACCUUUGACCCUGGCACUGCUUGCACAAAGUCAGUCAGCAGGGCUCCGCCCACAGUGGCCUCAGUGCUGGGGGGCGUGGCUGCUGCCUCUCUCCUUGUUGUUCUCGCCCUGGCCAGCAGGAGGCAGCUUUCCUUCAGGGCCAGGGUACAUGCUGCUGCAGGAGACCCAGCCCCAGAGGCUCCACCUCCUCUGCAGUUGCAGCCUGCCUUCUGCCUCACCAAGCAGUGCUGAGGGAAACAGC